AUGAUCACAACCGGUUUCUAUCCAAAACGAGUGGAUAUGUCAAUUUCCCUUGACACCAUGGCGAUUAAAGACCUCUUGGCAUUGGUUGUGUUUUCCAUUUUGAUCGUGAGCAAUUCUGCUUCAAUUGAAGGAAACUCAAUCCUGAAAUUGUCCAGGACAACCCCGGGGGUGAACGAUCCCACCCCGAUCGUGAUUUGGCAUGGCAUGGGUGAUACUUGCUGCAAUCCCUUAAGUAUGGGCUACAUCAAACGGACCUUUGAGCAACACAUUCCUGGGGUGUAUGUCCGCAGCGUGCGUAUUGGCAACUCCUUUGUCGAUGACACCCGGAACGGCUUCUUCUUAGACGUCAAUACCCAAGUCGAGAUGGUGUGUCAAAAGAUUGCCUCAGAUCCUUUGCUUCAAAACGGGUAUAAUGCUGUUGGGUUUUCUCAAGGAGCUCAAUUCCUGAGGGCCGUGGCUCAAAGAUGUCCUCAAGGCAUGAAGAACCUCAUCAGUGUGGGUGGGCAACAUCAAGGUGUAUAUGGGUUACCUCAAUGUAUGGGAGAAAGCCACAUCAUUUGCGACUACGUGCGCAGACUGCUCAAUUAUGGAGCCUACACACAUUGGGUCCAAAACUUCCUCGUACAAGCUCAGUAUUGGCACGACCCUUUGGACGAGGCCACAUACAGAGAUAGGAGCCUUUUCAUCGCCGAGAUCAACAAUGAACGCUCCCCCAAGAAUCCCAACUACAAAGAGAACCUCUUGAAGUUGGAGAAGUUUGUGAUGGUCAAGUUCACCGAGGACACAAUGGUGGACCCGAAAGGGACCGAAUGGUUCUCAUUCUAUGCGCCUGGCCAAGCUAAGGUCAUGUUGCCCUUCAAUGAGACCACUUUGUACAAAGAGGAUUGGAUUGGGUUAAAGGCCAUGGAUGAACAGGGCAAGCUGGUCUUCUUGGAAUGCGAAGGAAACCAUUUGCGGAUGUCUGACGAGUUCUUGCUUAAUCAAAUCAUUCGCCCUUUCUUGGCAAACUAACCGGGCCAGGGGAAAUAAACUCAACCUCGAGUGUGACCUAAAGGGUUAUUUUCAAA